CUAUUUAAUCUUCCGCCGCGGCUCCUCGCUUCACUUCGCUCGGCGCUUGCUUCUGGUUUCAAUCUCAACGCGAAUCAGAUCGCCGGACGUCGUCGGCCGUAGAGGCGUACUGUUCCGAUUCCCUGCUUCGCUUGCUGUAGAUCGCGGACCUAGUGGUGCUGCCAUUACUUUAUAGGACUAUCACGUCAAUGCUUGAAUAAAUCUAUUUACACAAACAUGCCAUUUGUGGCAAGCUCAAGGAUGGAUAGCAGAAGGACAUCCUCAUAUUGCUCGACGACUACAAUUGUCGUAUUUGUCGCCCUCGGCUCCCUCGGCUUAGUAGCAGUGUGGAUGAUGACAUCCUCAAUAGUUGUCCCUACAGCUAUAUCUGGUACACAAUCUGACACUAAUGGAAAAGUUUCCAGGUCUGAUCCUACCUCUUUUAAAAGUCAUUCAGGAGAAGAGUCAAGUGGUGAUGACAGUGACAAUAAUGUUCAAAAUGAAGCCAACUCCUUUGCAGAGAAAACAUCUGAGACACUGAUAAACAAAGUAGGAGUUGAGAGUUCUCCAAAGGAUAAAGAAGACAAUAAAGAGGAGUCAGGUGAUGGUUCUCAAACUGAGUCCUUUAAUGACAUUAAUGAAGAGGAAACCAGAGAAACAAACAAGGAGGCUGUAGGUUUGGAUCAGGAUACUAAAACAGGUGAAAAGGUCAAUCCUAAAGACAAGAAAACAGAGGAAGAAUCAAAGGAAGCUGAAAAUGAUGAAAAAAUUACUGAAGAGAAGAAAUCAAAUCAAGAUGAGAUAUCAGAUGAUGGCAAAACUGAAGAUGAAAAAGAUAGUACAGUAGAGGAAAAAUUGGACCAAGGAGGAAAAAAUACACAAGAGUUUGAUGGGAACGAGGCGGAUCAACUAAAGGCCACUGGUGGCAAUGAGGACUUUCCAUCCGGGGUUCAAUCAGAACUUUUAAAUGAAACCAAUACCCAGGGUGCUACAUGGUCUACACAAGCUGCAGAAUCAAAGAACGAGAAGGAGAUGCAAGAGGGUUCUUCCUCCAAAGAAGAAACUUUAGAUUCUAGUUGGAAGCUUUGUCAAGUUACUGCAGGAAUAGACUAUAUUCCUUGUCUUGACAAUGAAGCAGCUAUUAAGAUGCUUCAUUUAACUGGACAUUAUGAACACAGGGAACGACAUUGCCCUGAGGAGCCCCCGACCUGCCUUGUUCCGCUGCCUAAUGGAUAUAGACCACCAAUUAGGUGGCCAAUGAGUAGGCAAAAGAUAUGGUACAACAAUGUCCCUCAUACCAAACUUGCAGAAGUGAAAGGACACCAAAAUUGGGUGAAAGUUUCUGGAGAAUAUACUGAAUUUCCAGGAGGUGGAACGCAAUUUAUACAUGGUGCACUUCAUUAUAUUGAUUUCAUUCAAGAGUCUUUGCCUGAUAUAGCAUGGGGGCAACGCAGCCGUGUGGUUCUGGAUGUUGGUUGUGGAGUGGCUAGCUUUGGUGGCUAUCUCUUUGAUAGAGAUGUGCUUACUAUGUCAUUUGCACCCAAAGAUGAGCAUGAGGCUCAAGUCCAGUUUGCUCUAGAGAGGGGCAUCCCAGCCAUAUCCGCAGUGAUGGGUACUAAAAGACUGUCUUUUCCUAGUAAGGUCUUUGAUGUUAUUCAUUGUGCCCGGUGUAGAGUUCCUUGGCAUAUUGAAGGUGGCAUGCUCUUGUUGGAGUUGAACCGGUUGCUGCGCCCUGGUGGUUACUUUGUCUGGUCUGCAACUCCAGUUUACCGAACAGAUCAAGAAAAUGUUGGGAUAUGGCAAGCCAUGACUGCAUUGACAAAAUCCAUGUGCUGGGAGAUGGUUAAGAAGACAAGUGAUACGCUCAACCAAGUUGGUUUAGCUAUCUAUAGAAAGCCUUCUGAUAACAAAUGCUAUGAGCAAAGAACCAAAGAUAAUCCUCCACUCUGCCAAGCAUCUGAUGAUCCAGAUGCGGCUUGGAAUAUCACACUCCAAGCGUGCAUGCACAAGUUGCCUGUAGAUUUAACUAGCAGAGGGAAGAAGUGGCCAGAGCAGUGGCCCCUAAGGGUGGAGAAGGUACCUUACUGGCUAAAUAAUUCUCAACUUGGGGUUUAUGGAAAACCUGCACCUGCAGACUUUACAUCAGAUUAUGAGCAUUGGAAACAUGUCGUUAGGAAAUCAUAUGUCAGUGGAAUGGGAAUUAAUUGGUCUACUGUGAGAAAUGUCAUGGACAUGAGAUCUGUAUAUGGAGGGUAAGUUGAUACUAAUGUCCAAUCCAGUUU